CUGCCCCGCCCCCACCUCCUCCCUCGCUCCCGGCCGCCCAUGCCGCCUAUGCGCGCCCCUCCCUCAGCCCACCGGCGACCUCCCAUCCUCCACCGUCUACCCCACCAUCGGAUCUCCUCCUCCCCUCUCCUUCUCUCCCUCGCGGACGCGUCAAACCCACGAAAUUUCCCUCCUCGCGGCUGGAACCCUAGCUCGUGCCUGUGGGGACUGGGCUGGAGGUGCGGCACGGGAUUCGCACCACAGGAUUCGCCAGCGACGAGUCCAAAAGGUCGUCGAAUCGGGGAACGGGAUGGCGCACCCUGCUGCAGCCGCCGGUCGGGACGAGCGCAGCGGCGACGAACGUCGGUGCGCCUCCGUUUCCUCGACCUCCAAGGACGCGGGCGCCGGAUUUGUUCUCGCCUGACCAGCCUCGGUAUCCAGCUCCCUACAGCCACCGCCGGCGUUGACUCCCAAGGCGAGGAUGACGACGACGCCAAAGAUGACGAGGCCCCGAGCUCGAGCACGACCACUACGACGCACUGCACAAAGGCCCCUGCUUCCUGCCUGCCCUUCCCUUUGCUUGGGUUGAGUCCAAGCACAAGUAAGCACCAUUAUUAGGCGAGAAGACGACGGUGACGCAGAGGAGGACGAGGACCCGCGCUCCAGCCCGACCACGACUAUGCACCGCACGGUCCCUGCUUCCUGGCUGUCGCCAAUUGCCCCCUUCCCUUUACAGUACUACUCUAUUUGUUUUCAUUGCUUUUCACCCAGUUUUGCACACUUUCUGGCCCUUCACUUUUUUGUGUGCAAAUGUUCUGAUUGCCUCCAUAUGGUUGUUUCCGUCCUCCUGCUCGUGCUGUCUCCAUCCUCCUGCUCAAGUCGUCGCCGUCGCCUCCCAUCCUUCAUGGCCUGCGUGUGUGCGCCCACUGUUGGAGGACGACGUUGAACAUGAAGCGGAGCCCAGCCGGAGCGGUCUGACGCGGUGGUCGUGGCCAAGGAGCGGUGGUUGAUGCCAUGGAGCAGGGGCCCUCGGUCGCCUGCACAUCGGCUGCGUUCUGAACUAAUGCUUUCUGCAACUGCAAUGUUCCCCUUCACAUUGUAUCUUGUGUAGGCAGAAGGAAUGCAGCUCAGUGACGGCGUCGGCUAUAACUGGAUCGAUGGCCUGAAGGCUUUUACUAAGAAGAUGAAGAAUGUUGUAGAAUAGUGUCCAUCAACAAAGAGUCUUACUACUACCUGUUGGAGAGGCUCUAUCCUCGGGUGAUUGAUUACUUAAGAAGUAUACUGAAUUAUGAUAUCCAUCGAUCUAAUUUUGUAUAGGAAGUUUGAAAAACUAAAGAAUCUGUGGUACAUGAUUUGAUUUACUCAUUUAGAUUUUAGUAAAUUGUGAC